AUGAGUGAUAUAUUCAAUUUACGUUCAUUUUUCGAAAAUCAAAUGGAAAAAUUAACGACACCAAGUACCAUUAUUAUGGAUAGAGUUCGACAAACAGUAGAUAAGGUGAAAGGGUCCUUAACAUCCAUGAAUAUUAAUGAACGAGAUUCGUCUGUAAUUUCCCCAAACAAUGACAUUUCAUGUAAUUUAUUCGCAUCAGAAUCUCAAUCAAGUUCGUCACUAUCAUCAAAUUCUAGUAAUAAUCAAUUAUCUGUCUCUCAACCAAAUUCAACAAAUACACAAAGUCCCGUGUCGAAUUUCAAUUUUUUUCAAAAUCGUUUUACACAUCGCCAAUCAAUUUUAAAACGACAUGUAUCCGAGUCAAAUAAAACUGAUGAACAAAGCAGUUCAUUACCAAUCUAUCACGAUAAUCCACCGAUUGAUGUUCGAAAUUUAUUAGCUAUUGGUAGUAAUCAGAAAGAUGAAGAUGAUGAUAAAAUCAGAAAACAAUAUAUCCAUCGAUCACGUUCACUUAUCCGACAAUCAACAGAUACAACAUCGACAUUUCCCAUUCGACGUUCAAUACGUCAUAUGGAAUCCAUUGAAAUUCCAGGCCUUAAUGGAGUUAAAUCUAUCCGUUAUAUACAUGACAAUCUUGGUAAAUUAGAACCCAAUCUAUAUAAAAAACCCAUCCAACCCAAUGAUCCAUCCUAUGAUUCAGGUCAAAUAACAUUUACACUUUUCUAUAAUCAAACUUUAACAUCAUUAAUAAUAACAAUUCUAUCUAUUGACAAUUUACCGUGUCGAGAUUCGCAUUCAAAAUCUUUACCAAAUCCGUUUAUUAAAUUAACUUUACUGCCGGAUCGUCGAAAAAAAUAUCAAACAAAAGUUUAUAAACAUUUACAAUCAGUUGAAUUCAAUGAAACAUUUGAAUUUCAAAUAACCUAUGAACAAUUAUGUAAACGAACUUUACUAUACGCUGUCUAUGAUUUUCGACGUUCAUCAAAAAGAAAUCUAAUUGGUACAGUUCGAAUGGAUGAUAUUUGUUCGAAACUUGAUAUUUCUGCCAAUAGCCAUACAUUUACAAAGCAUAUUGUACCCGGUACAGAGAGUGAUCCUGAUUUAGGUGAAUUAACUGUAUCGCUAUGUUGUCUACCGAAUGCUAAACGUGUUACGGUAACCAUUGUUAAAGCGAAUUCAUUGAAACCUAUGGAUAUAACUGGCAAAUCAGAUCCAUAUGUAAAAGUUAUUUUAUUGAUCAAUGGAAAAAACAUUCGAAAGAAAAAAACAUCCGUUUUAUGUAAUACACUUAAUCCAAUAUACAAUGAAAGUUUAGAAUUUGAUUUAUCCGAUGAAGAUCGUGAAAAUACUGAUCUUAUAUUUAAAGUUAUUGAUUAUGAUCGUGUUGGUUCAAAUGAAUUGAUUGGCUGUAUUGGUAUUGGUGUUCAUUUCGAUGGCAUAAAUCGUGAUCAUUGGUAUCAAAUGAUCGAACAUCCACGUGUGCCAAUAACUCAAAGUUAUAAUUUACGUGAAACAAUACCAAUAAUAACUUGUAAAAAUUCAAAAACAACACAACAAACGAAAUAG